GUCGUUGUGAGAAAACGCGAGAAGAAACCAUCAGUACUUUUGACUUUUUCACGUCGUAGAAGGAAAUCGUAAGUCCGAAUAAAUUCCGAGCUAUUUGUUCUGUUUUGUCCAAUUUGUGUUGCUUUAACGCUUUUUACACAAUCUCAUCUGAAACGGUGUGUGUAUAUCUCCAUAUCAGUCAGUGAGAGGAAAUCAUCAGAAGCAGAUCAGGACACAAAGACAUCGGUCGUAGUUCAAUCUCUAUUCUAAAUAGUGCAAUAAUCGGUUGGUGGCAAGUUUGAGAAUUGAUUGGAGGAAAGGAUCGCCUCGAGUGGCGCCAGCGUUUUAUAUGACUUUAGAAAGAAUACAAGAAACACCAGCACUCAAAGGAGCACCGCUUUCUCCCCUCUUACGGAGUUUAAGUGGUACAUUGUGCAUGAUUUCUCAACAGCGUAGCGUAAGUCACAGGACUUCUAAAUAUUCUAGCAAUAGACAUCGGAAGCUGCAACCAUUUAGAGAAACGUGAAGAUCCUGUCGUUCAAAGGACACUUUGCUUAUCGAAAACUUGUCAGCAGAAUCAACAACAACAACCACAACAGAGAUAUCCGUUUACGCUAGCAGUUUAGUGAGAGAUAACCGCUGCAGUAAGCAAUUCGAACGCGUCAAGUUCUAUCGUAGUCUACGGAAACAAAAUCCACCCACACAUAUUUGAAUUAGCAGCAGUAUCGCACAGUUAAGUCAACUCGAACCAGAUCGAGAACUUUCAUCAUUGCGCGUCAGCAGAAGAUACGAAUCCAUAAUCAAUAUACAAAUGCUUUUGAUACCAACCGUGGUACCACAAAUCGGCGACGGAGAUUCAAUUACCCCCAUUGGCAAUAUCGUAGUAAAACCUAACCGUUGCGAACUUACGCAGCGACAGUGCGCUCAUACUAUCCCGCACCAUCAACAGCAUCAGAUGAAUUUAGCUUGCGAUCAGGAUUGCUAAGGACGAUAAGCUUACAGGGCGACAGUGAGUUGGCAGCAACCAAAAUAGUCGAACACGUGUGUCAUUCCAGAGAGCAUUCAAUCUUAAGAGAGAUAUAGUACAGAUCGUUCUGAGAAGCAAAUCUUGAAUAUCGAUAAAAGAAUUUGUUCUUACUGUGUGUGUCAUCUGUUUGAAUCGAGAGUAUCAAGACUAUCACCAUGGGUACCGUAAACGUUAACCGUAAUGUUACGGAUGUGUUCUACCGUUACAAGAUGCCCCGGAUCAAUGCCAAGGUCGAAGGAAAAGGCAACGGCAUUAAGACGGUCAUCGUCAACAUGGCUGACGUUGCACGAGCUAUCGGGCGCCCGGCUACCUACCCAACCAAAUACUUUGGUUGUGAGCUGGGUGCGCAAACUCAGUUUGAUUAUAAGAACGAACGUUUCAUCGUCAAUGGAUCCCAUGAUGCCAACAAGCUACAAGACCUUCUUGAUGGCUUCAUUCGCAGGUAUGUGCUUUGCCCGGAAUGUGACAACCCCGAAACGGAUCUGAUUGUGUCCUCGAAAAAGGGCACCAUCUCGCAGGGUUGCAAGGCGUGUGGAUUCCACGGUCCGCUGGAGGUAAAUCACAAGGUAAAUACUUUCAUUAUCAAGAAUCCACCGAAUGUAAACCCGGCAAGUCAGGGAGCCUCCCUUACCGAGGGAAAACGUCGGCAUCGCUCCAAGAAGGGAGAGAAUGGUGACGAUUCGAACGCUGGUAAUGAUAGCACUGCGGAUGGCUCUGCUGCUGAUGAUACUAUCGAUGGUCAGGCAGGCGCUCUUAAUGGGGAUGACGAUGACAACGUCAACUGGACGGUAGAUACCUCGGAGGAAGCUGUCCGCGCCCGUAUGCAAGAUCUGACAGAUGGAGCCAAGAACAUGACAGUUUCGGAUGAUUUUGACAAAACCGAAAAGGAGCGCUUGGACAUUUUCUAUGGACUGGUGAAAAAGAAGCGCGACUCUGGAGAGAUUGAAAAUGUCCAAACACACAAGGAACUCUAUACGGAAGCAGGCCUCCUCGAUGUCCAGUCUAAAUCAACACUCGUGCUGGCUGAGUUGCUGUUUACCGCAAACAUUGUCCAAGAAGCUCGCAAACACCGAAAAUUGUUGCUCCGUUUCACCCAUGAAGAUCCCAAGGCUCAAAAAUACUUUAUCGGUGGUCUAGAGCAAAUUAUCUCUCUGCAUGCUGAUAAACUUAUGGAUAAGGUUCCUGGCAUUUUGAAAUUGUUCUACGAUACCGAUAUCCUGGAAGAGAAACCUAUCCUCGAGUGGUCUCAGAAGGUGAGCAAGAAAUAUGUCUCUAAAGAAGUAGCUGCUCAGAUCCACGAGAAGGCCAAUCCAUUCAUCAAAUGGCUCCAGGAAGCUGAAGAAGAAGAAUCAUCCGAUGACGACGAUGACUCCGAUGUCGAGAUCGAGUAUGACGAUCGUGCCAAAACCGACUCACUCCGCAAAGAACCUGUUAAGCAAGAGGUCAAGAAAUCUACCAAACCGAUCGAUGAGGAAGAGGAUGUUGGCGAUCUCAACAUUGAUGAUAUUUAAAUGUGUGUGUUUUCCCAAAUGGAUGCAAAAUCAAACCAACUGAAUUCCCUAUUCAAAAUUUUAACUACAACAUGUUUAUUUGAUUGCCAUUUGAAAUUACAGAAAAAAAAGCUGAUCAUAAAAAAUGAUAAUUACGUAAUAUCGUAGUAAGUAAUCACAAAACAGAGAGUAGAGUAAAAAAUAACUGUUCAGAUCUCCAUAACAAAACGAUGUUUGCAUACCUAUUUCGAUAUGAAGAGAACAUAAAUGGUCAAUUCUGAAUGCAACCUAUCUCAAUUUACAAACGAUCGGUUGAAAUUAUUUGCGCCUAAUUAUCACCAUUUGAAAAUGUUUCUGUUGGUUUCCUGGAUCCUCGCGUACCAAUACUGUGGGAACAUCGUUCUGGUUUGAUUAAACAAUUUUCUUUUUUUUUUCAAUACUUAAUCACAAAUUUUGCGCUGGGUUUAUACUUUAUGUUAGUUCCAAAAUAUAUUGAUGCUUGAAACGAUCGAUUCCUAAGCAGAGAUAACAAAGCCGGAGCAUAAGCGUUCAUUUGAACGAGGAGUAAACUGAAAUAACUAUUAAAAGAUACAAAUAUUAUUGUAAUCAAAUUAUGUUUUUCAGCAAAAUACACAAUUUCAAAACAA